UCCAACCCUUACCUCAUAGAUGGUUAUAAGUUUGACAUGAGGAUCUACGCCUACGUUCCCAGUAUAAACCCGCUAAGAGUUUACCUGUACCCUGAUGGUGUGGUAAAGUUUGCUACCAAAAAGUUUACAACGGACGACCUUGACAGUAUGGUCCACCUCACCAAUAUCGAGGUAAACGCCAAGAAUCCGGCAUAUACCUUGGAUUAUUCGCUGAAAACAGGGCACAAAUGGUCGCUUAAUGUAUUGAAAGAAUACCUUAGAACAAACAACGGGACUGACUGGAUGCCAAUAUGGGAGAAUAUCAAAGAUAUCGUACUUAAGACGAUUAUCAGCGGGGAGCCUGAGAUAUGGGAGGGAGUGCGGAAAUACCUGCAGAGCAAAUACAGCGGGCAUGAACUGUUCGGCUUUGAUAUACUUCUGGACAAUAACAUGAAGCCUUGGGUCCUAGAGGUCAACAAAUCACCUGGGCUAUACCCACACUCCGGUCACUUUCGCCCGGUCAAUGACCCCAUGGCCAAGGAUAUGCUUAAUUUGGCCGGGUUCAGAAUUCCUAGUAAUCAAGGAACAGACGACAGGAACGAAAAUACAAGUGGGUCUGACGUUCCUGACCACUUAUUGCUGGACAAACGCUGGUGGUCACAAACAUUGUCUGGCGAAGAGAAAGCAAAACAGAAAUAUUAUUGUGAUAACCACAAGAACGAGACGAUUCUGUCUACUAUCCUGGACAAUCUGACACCGGAUGACAUCCGGGUCCUCGUUGACACGAUAGACGAGAACAGCAGGCGGGGAGGAUUCGACAGGAUCUUCCCAAGAUUAGACACAGACAAAUAUUUCCGGUUCUUCCAAAAGCCGAGGUACUACAAUAUUCUUAUUCACCAGUGGUUGAAACGAUUCCAUAAAAACGAAACAGAAGGUAUAUCUCUAGUGGAAGCUCAUUGUAAAGAGCUAAAGCACCUUACAGACCAAAACUGACACAACUGCCUUUGCUUCUUCGAAGAUCGUCUUAU